UCAUUUUUUGGUUGAAAUCUAUCCAUACCUACUGCGAAGAUGACACUCCAGUUGUAACAAUAGCAACCCAUUCUGACGAAGUGAAAAAUAUGGAUGACAGAUCAAUUUAUGAUGAUUUGCUGGAGCUUUUGAAGAAUGAGCCUGUUCUGAAGAAACAUCUUGACCGAGAACGCUGCUUCCACAUUGGGUUUCCUAUGAAUGAUAACGAACCUAUGGAUAAAUUAACCUAUUUAGUAGAAUGUAUCGCUUCUAUCUCUUUGGAAGAUCGUUGGAGAGAGAACAUACCGAAGGAUUGGGCAUAUUGUGAAGUAGUUUUAAGACAGAACAAACAAAGUGGGAAAAAAUGCAUUUCACUUACAGACUUUAGAAAACAAGUUUCAAUAAAUAAAACUGGAAAAGAGAAGGAGACAUUUGAUGUGCUCCAGUUUUAUCAUGACAUUGGGGUAAUUCUGUAUUACAACGAAGAUCACUUGAAACAUAGCACAAUAACAGAUGUGCAGUGGUUUGUAGAUUGUUUUAAGUAUAUAAUAACAGAUCCAAAACAUGCCAGGGAUCUUGUUGAGAAUGACAAAGAUUGGAAAAACUUUUUUGGAAGUGGCUAUUUAUCUAGAGAGCUAUUAAAAGGGAUUUGGAAGAAAAAAAACAUUGUACCAAGAAAAUGCAACACUACCUUGAAGUAUAUGCAACGACUGGGGUUGCUUGCUAAGGGUAAAAAGGCGCACUAUGUCCCUUGCAUGAACAAAUUAGACUUUGAUAAAGAUCUGAAAGAUUAUAUCACAGAUUUGGAACAAAAAACCUCUGUUUUGGUUUUCAAUUUCCGGUUCCUGCCCUAUUUCUUUUAUUUCCGUCUCAUGGUAGCCUGUAUAGUCAGCACAGAGUGGACUGUUAUCGUAGAUAAUGGACAGAAGUGUUUGUUUAAAGAUAUUGCUUUAUUUACGUUUAAAGAACACAUGAUAGGUGUAGCUGUUACUACAUCAACAAUACAGGUCCAAAUAUAUAAACAAGGAAAUGGGCAGCUUAAUAGAGAGAUUACAAUGAAUAUUAAGCAAACGAUAGAAGAUGUCCUGGAAAACUUGACUAAAAUCUUUCACAAGGAAACUUUGUAUGACAUCGGCUAUCAAUGUUCAAAGCAAUACAUACUUGAGGAAAAUGCCACUAGCUUUAUUCUGGAAAAAGAUUUGGUUGGUGGAGGCGAAUUCAAUUGUCCCAAUCAUGGGUUCAAAAAUCAUCAUGUAAUCAACAAAAAUGAUCUGCUUCGCUUUUGGAAAUAUGGCGAAGGGACAAAUCUUCAUGACAAAGAGAUGCAUGUGCCAGAGAAACUUCAUAGGAGUUUAAUUGCUGACUUGGUGAACAACUAUCUUGAUGCGUCUGUGGAUAAUGGGCAUGUUUUCAGAACGUGGAAACAACAGUUUAGGAUCCUAUACUCGGCACCAAGGUAUCACUCAACCACUGUUGAUGAAGAUUUCAAUACACUUGAAAAGGACGGAAGGCUUUCAUUGAAUAAUUAUGAGACCUUAAAGGAAAUACUAAAAAAUGUAGAUCACCGCGCCCUGCAAAGAAUUAAACAACAUGAAGAAGAACUGAAGAAAACAUUGUGAAGGCAAAAGUCUAUCUUUGUUCGUUCUUCCGAACUAAAUUUUAUGGCAAUCAAUUUCUCCCUGUUGAACUAUAAACAGUAUUAAAUUAUUGUAGCGGCAAAAGAAACACAUUGACUCCUAUUUUUUGAUUUGAUUUUUAAUUAAGGACAGAGGAUACAAACAAUUUUUUUGUUUGGAAGAGACUUAAUAACCUGUCAGAAGUGUAGAAAAAUGGAUAAUUUUUAGAAUUUUUUAUCCAAAGAACUGGGAAAUGAAAUAGACUUGGAAAAUAUUAGUAAUAUUUCAAUGAAAAAAAAAACCAGAAGUCUCUGUCAAGACUGAAGCUCUACUGGUUUGUACUUAUAGCAAAGGAAGAGAAAAGUACUUAAGCAGUUGCAAUUUGAAACUUUACAACAACAAUAAAUUGAAUAAUGAUCCUUGAUUAUAAGUCUCCUAUGUUCUUAGUGUAGUCUACUUGCAUGCCACAUUAUAUAUUAAAAUCAGACUAAAACUGUAUUUGGAGCAGCCUUUUGAGAGUAUUUAACAGACAUUUCUAUUUUUAAUAACCACAGCAACACCUUUCAUCGAAAUCAAAAACCGAUACACAGAAUUAUGUAUCUUAGUGUAGUCUUCUUGUGUGCCAAGUUAUAUUGAAAUCAGACCAAAACUGUAGGAGGAGUAGCAUUUUGAAAGAAUUUCACAGAAAUUUCUAUUUUUAGUAACCACGGCAACACCCUCCAUCAAAAUCAAAAACCGAUACAUAGAAUUAUGUAUCUUAGUGUAGUCUACUUGUGUGCCAAGUUAUAUUGAAAUCAGACCAAAACUGUAGAAGAAGUAGCAUUUAAAAAAAAUGUUUACAGACAGACGGACAGACAGACAGACGGACGGACGACGGACGCAUUACUAUCGCAUAAGCUCUUCUGGUUUCUGACCAGUAGAGCUAAAAAUAGACAAAUCGCACUAAGUAAAGGUUUACAAGUGAAAACAAAUUUCAGAAUAUGUUAUCUUAGUGCUAAAAGAGCAAUAUAAACCUUAGAAAAAUAUACCAAGCCAGGUGAUUUUUAAGAAGAAAAACAAAAUGACAAAAAUUAAUCAAUAUAAUAUAAGCUAAUUUUUACUAUUUUGCUUUUCCUGAUAAAAUUUGCCUGGCUUGGUACACUUUUCUAAAGAUUAUAUUGCACUUUUAGCUCCAAUGUAACAUAUUCUAAAAUUCAUUUCCAUACGUAAACCUUUACUGAGUGUGUUUUAUCCACAUUUAUAAUUUUAUUGAAAUAUUACUAAAAUUCUCCAAGUCUAUUUCAUUUGCCAGUUUUUUGAAGAAAACAUUCUAAGAAUUAUCCACUUUUCUAAACAUGACACAUGAUAUUAAGUCUUCUCCAAAGAAAAUAUUUGUUUGUAUCAUCUGUCCUCAAGCUAUGUAUGUAGAAAUUUUUAAAUAUACACUUCACAAAAAAAGUUAAAGACUUGAAAUAUCAGGAACCAACCUCGUUAAAAGAAAAUUGAAUCAGACGUACAUGUACAUGUGUUUCUUGCGAAUCAACUUUUUAACUAACUUCAUUUAUAUAGAUGAGUAAACAAAUUCUAUGAAGAAUAGUAAAGGGUGAACUGGCACAACCAUUAUCGCUAAAGUCAUCAGUUGCAU